UGGCGAGGAGGAGAGAGAAGAAGAGAGAAGGAGAGAGAGACUAUAGCAGUUUUCAAAACUGGACUCCUCCUCUGGCCCGAUAUAAUAUCUGAUACUUAUACCUACAUACCGCUGUCCGCUAGUCUCUCACGAGUGUUAUUCCGAAAACGAGAAAUGAAUUUACGCGAGCGAAGAUUGGUGAAAAAUACUAUAACACCGCCGCACUAUCGUUAUAGUUUGCAAUCAUUUCAUUGUCUCUUAUUUUGACCCUAUACGUAUCUACGUUAUUCGGUUUUAUUAAGCGUUCGGAUCUGUAACUUUUUUCUUACUCCACUUCUCCGUCAUCUUCUCCUUCUCCUUCUUCUUACUCGAAUUCUUAUGCACACAGGAUGCGUGAUCUUAGGUUUCUUUAAAUUUUUCAUUGCUUUUUUUUCUUAUACGAACAAUGCGCUCUAAUUUUUUAACGAGAAUGAAAACCGAGUGAAAUAAAUAAAUGGAUAAAUUGUGACCAGGGGGGAAAAUCACACCGAGUUUUGCCGCGUUCAUUGGGAGAACCUCUGCUGUGGAUCUAAAAUCGAUAACUUUGAUGCACAGCUUACAAAAUCGUUGAACCGUUAUGUUGAUCAAAUCAUCGGUGCGUGUAUUUCGAUAAUAACAUUGAUGCGUUAGACCUGGGAAAAAAAUUCUCCUGAAGUACCCUGGCUAUAAUCUACCACCCCUACCACUUGACCUACCGUGAUGCAAAAUAAAAUGCAAACGUUCAGCGGUCUCGCAUUUGGGAAUGUAUUUAGAAAGAAGGCAAACAAAACGGCUGGGGGAACCUCCGGGGGCAGUACGCCGCCACCUCCGCCAACUCUGAUAAAUAAAAUCAAAUAUCAACCCGGGGGACCGGUAAUAAAGAAGGAUAAACGUCAGAGCAGCUCGAGGUUCAACAUAUCGAAGAACAGGGAGCUGCAGAAACUGCCCCUGCUAACAGAAGCGCAGCAGGGCAACGAAAGGGAGGAACUGUUUAUCCAGAAGCUGAGACAGUGCUGCGUACUGUUUGACUUCGAGGCAGAUCCAUUAUCGGAUUUAAAAUGGAAGGAGGUGAAACGAGGCGCGCUGCACGAGAUGGUAGAAUACGUUACAAAAAACAGAAAUGUUAUCACCGAAGCCAUAUAUCCGGAGGCUGUGAACAUGUUUGCAGUGAACCUUUUCCGGACAUUGCCGCCAUCGUCGAACCCGAAUGGAGCAGAAUUCGACCCCGAGGAAGAUGAGCCGACCCUGGAAGCAGCGUGGCCGCAUUUGCAAUUGGUCUACGAAUUUUUCCUACGGUUGUUAGAGUCGCAGGACUUUCAACCCAACAUUGCUAAGCGGUACAUCGACCACAAGUUUGUUUUACAACUGUUGGAAUUGUUUGACUCGGAGGAUCCAAGGGAGAGGGACUUUCUCAAAACUACACUUCAUAGAAUUUAUGGAAAGUUUCUCGGAUUGAGGGCUUACAUAAGAAAACAAAUAAACAAUGUUUUCUACAGAUUCAUAUACGAGACGGAACAUCAUAAUGGUAUAGCCGAAUUGCUGGAAAUAUUGGGGAGCAUUAUCAACGGCUUUGCGUUGCCGCUGAAAGAGGAACACAAGGUGUUUUUACUGAAGGUAUUGCUGCCGUUGCACAAGGCAAAAUCUUUGUCUGUCUAUCAUCCGCAGCUCGCUUACUGCGUCGUUCAGUUUUUGGAGAAGGACGCGUCUCUAACGGAGCCCGUUAUUAGAAAUCUGUUGAAAUUUUGGCCAAAGACACAUUCCCCCAAAGAAGUGAUGUUCCUCAACGAACUUGAGGAGAUUCUCGACGUGAUCGAGCCUGCCGAGUUCCAAAAAGUAAUGGACCCUCUGUUCAGGCAGCUCGCCAAGUGCGUCUCGUCGCCGCACUUUCAGGUGGCCGAAAGAGCUCUCUACUACUGGAAUAAUGAGUACAUAAUGUCACUAAUAUCGGACAAUUAUUCCGUCAUAUUGCCGAUAAUGUAUCCGGCAUUGUACAGAAAUUCCCGCAAUCACUGGAACAAAACGAUCCACGGACUGAUAUACAACGCUCUGAAACUAUUUAUGGAAAUGAAUCAGAAAGUAUUCGACGAAUGCACCCAGCAGUACUAUCAGGAUCGUCAGAAGGAGCGCAAGGUAUUGAAAGAUAGGAACGAGGCGUGGGUCAGAGUCGAAGCGCUGGCGAUGAGACAUCCUGGAUAUUCGUCGACCAACAUAGACACGAAUUACCCGUACACGUUGCCACCCGACGACGACGCCGACGCGGAUCAAACGCCGUUGAUAUUCGAAAAGCCAAAAGCCAAAUUCACGGAGGUGAGAGGCGUUCCAGUUUCAAGUCCUUUCGACGCCGAAAAAGCACUGACGACGGCGGACCAACCAGUUAAGAUGAAGGGGCUACUGCGGAGGAAGAGCGAGCUGCCCCAGGAUUCUUACACGAUGAGAGCUCUUUCGGAUCACAAACGCGCGGACGAAUACCUCGUCACGCCACCGGAUCCAAACAAAUGCUAGUCCUUACCCCGCACCCAGGCGUACACACACACCUAUGCUAAUGCCAACCCAAACAUAAACAUACACAUAAACACGUACAUACACAUACAUCCUACCAUUAUUAUACUUUCGUUGCUGCAACAAGUCCAGAAAUUAGCUUCAGGCCGCGCGUACGGCGAUUACAGAUAUUAUUAUUCAAUAUUAUACAUAUGUUUACUUCUACUACUAGGUACUAGUGCGUAAAUACACACAUACGUAUAUGUAUACAUACAUACAUACAUACAUACAUACAUAUAUUCAUACACGCAUGCCCCACACACACACGCUGCGCGCGCGCGCACGCAUACAUACAUACGUAAAUAACUAUCAAUAUUGCUACUAGCCACGUAAAUUUCGCGCGAUUAUUUUCCUUUCGUGAAAUUAAGUUAUUCGAUUGAACGAAACAAAGCCAAACAACCAAACUAAAAAAAAAGAAAGAAAAAAAACAAUGUAUUUCAUACAACGAUCGGAUGUUACCUUCAUUCAAUUGGGUUUUUUUUUAUUUAUUUUUUUUUUUUUUUCAUUUAAUACAAAUUAUUUUUUGUUUUAAUUUUAUUUGAGAGGGUGAGAAGAAGAAAGAGAGAGAGAGAGAGAGAGAGAGGGGGGAUUAGUUUCAGUGCUGAAUUCGCGAAUUUUCUCUAUAGCAAUAAUAUGAGCAAACAAAAAAAUGAAAGGGAAAUCAGAAAAUUGAAAGAAGUACGAAGCAAACGCAGUCAUGCGCAGUAGGCGGACAUAGUGGCAUAGCUUUUGAUCAGCGAAGAUCAGCCAGGGUCGAUUUUAAACGUCGUUUGUUUUGUUUUGUUUUGUUUUUUUUUCCCCCUCUUUGUUAUCCUAGACUAGAGGAGUAAUUUUUGCUUUUAAUAAUAUACAAUCACCGAUCCAGUUGAUAGAACGAAAAAAAUCAGAGUAUUUCAUACGAAACACACGAAUUAAACUGCAGAAUUUAUAUGGGCCAUGGUUUAAUUUUUUAUUCUUUUCUAUCUCUGUAAGACUUUACCGUAUGUAAAAAUUGAUCGAUCGGGAGAGAAAAACACCGUUGUCCCAACAGCCAAAUAAUCGAUUUAUCAAUCUGAACGGAUACGGCGAAGAGUGAUAGCGACGUAUUCUUACUAGAUGCAUAUGUCUAUCAAAUUUUUAUUAUUUUGUCCCCCCUAAAGUCAGGCCCUUUUGUAUCUAUUAAAUCACAAGCAUUAGCCCACCUGAGGAUAAUGCAAUUGAAACAAAACGAACAAACGAAAAUGAUGAAAAGCUGUAUUUUUCAUCAAAUCUUCAUAUAGUUUCGCCAAGUACAAACAAUGCCGAAAUGUUUUAUCGACAUUCAUGAAGUUCGUACUGUCAUAACGAUUAUAUUAUAAACGUAAAGAAACAAAAUAAAUGAUUAAAAAAACACUAAUGAAAUCGAAUCAAUUAUGUACAAUAAAAGAAUUAGUCAAAUAAUUGAAUAGACUUCGUCGCGGUGGCCAAGAUGCAAAGUUCUAUAUGCACAUGUAUAGACAUGACAUCAAUGACUGAAAAGAAAUUA